GUUUGGCUUGCAUACCAACGAAAAAUACCGAAAUCGAAAAAUUGAUUUAGCGAUAUUGUUUGUGAAAUUUUAGCAUUUACGAGUAUUGAAAAAGUAUUACUUCAUUGUUUAUCAGUUGUAUGUGCAUCGUAUUGAGGAUUGAUUCAAAUAUUUUCUGCAACAACAUUUAACUUCAAACUGAACCAUGCAGCGAAUGUUCAGCUUGAAAGAAAGGGUGCACGGUUCAGACACCCCACUGAUGUUCAGAUGGCAGAAAACUCUUGGAAACUACCUAGCAACUACGGGGCAUGACAAUGUUGUUCGUGUAUGGGACCGACAUGGCCAGCUGGAAGAGGAAAUCCAACUUCCAGGAAGCUGCACUGGUAUGGAGUGGGAUAAAGAUGGAGAUGUCCUUUGCUUUAUCUGCGAAAAAAGCAGCACUAUAUUUAUGUGGGAUGCAAACCAAAAGAGGGUAGUGAAGAUAGAUAGUGGGGCAAAAGAUGCACACACUCUACUGUGUUGGUCAAGAACAGACCUUCAUCUAGCAAUAGGUACUGCAAAGGGAAACUUGAUUUUGUACGACCAUAAAGUAGGAAGAAAAGUUCCAAUUAUCGGUAAACACACACGAAAAAUUGUUUGUGGCCACUGGAGUGCUCAAAAUUUGUUGGCAUUGGGCGGAACUGACAAUGGAAUAACAAUAAGUGAUGUAAAUGGAAAAACCUUACACAGCUUCUCUGUACGGGAUCAACCUAGUUUGCUAAGGUUCUCAGAAAUGAAACGCAGUGUCAAAAAUGAGCCAGGGGAAAACACAGUGAGUUUAGUUGUUGGCAAGAAAACUUUAUAUUUCUUUAAAAUGUACGACCCGGACAACAUAAUUGAGCUUGCGUUUCAACCUCGUUAUGGUAAAAUUGAGGCUUACCACUGGUAUGGGGACGGAUACAUUAUGAUCGGUUUCUCAAAUGGAUUUUUCGUUGUGAUUUCAACUCACGCAAAAGAAAUUGGUCAAGAGCUGUUUCAAGUAAGGAAUCACCAUGACUACCUAUCUUCCAUUGCAAUAUCCCCUGUGUUAAACUAUGCCGCCUCUUGUGGCGACACAAACAUCCGAAUUCAUGAUCUUCGUGAACUAUCAGAGAUCAACGCCAUUAUUAAUGUAGAUGAUGAACCAAAAGGUUUGAGAGAAAUUGACUGGACAACAGAUGGCCAACUACUUGCUGUAUCAACAGCAAGAGGAACCCUUCAUUGUUAUCUUACCAAACUUCCAAUGUUGGGUGAUUCGUGUGGAACAAAGAUUGCUUAUUUGACUUCACUACUUGAGGUCACAGUUGAAAACAAAGUUGAAGACGAAAGACCUGUUGCUGUGACAAUUGACGUGGAGCCAACAUUUGUGGCAUGUGGCCCAUACCACCUUGCUGUUGGGAUGAACAACCGUGCUUGGUUUUAUUAUCUUUCGGAUAAAGAUAUGGAGAAAACACGUGACAGGGAGUACCUUGGCACGAUAGAAAGCAUGAGCCUUAACAUGGAUUAUGCUGCAGUUCUUGUCAAAGGGAAAGUUCAACUUCAUGUUAUAGAUCAAGGAAUGCAUGCUGCCGUUGAGGAGAGAGAAUCAAAGUUAUUUCCAGAGCGAGAAGACAUGGGAAAUAUCACAUGUUCCACGCUUACCAAUGAAUUCCUUAUUUAUGGGACAGAUGUUGGUACUCUGAACUUCUUCUUUAUUGAGGACUGGUCGAAUGUGAAUACAUUUCGCCACUUAACGCAGAUCCGUAAUAUUUAUCCUGACAGUAGUGGAAGUCAUGUGGCAGUCAUUGAUGAUAAAGGAGAUGGGUUCAUAUACAACCCUGUUAAUGAUUCAACAUUGGAGAUUCCAUCCUUACCUGCCCAAUGUCAUGGAAUCUUGUGGGAGAACAACCCAUUUGAUAAAGGAGUGUUUGUUGUGUUUGAUGAUUCUACCAUUUAUACUUACAUCUUUCACAGGGAAUCUGUCAAUGGUCCCCAUGUAUCAGUGGUAGGCACGACCCACCUUCCAUUCACACAACGGCCAUUGCUUCUGUACAACGGAACACUCACGUUACAACUUGCAAGUGGAAAAACAACAUCACUUUUGCUUGACACACACUCUUUCUUACGUGUCACUGAAUCGCAAGAUGCACAGCCUGACAUUGAGAGUCUUGAGCAAGCAAUGAAUUUGCGCAAAUGGAGAGAAGCUUGGGUGGUUUGUGAAGGUUUGAAUGAUAAACAACAAUGGACCAACCUCGGUCAUUCUGCUGUUCAAUCUCUGGAGGUUGAUCUUGCUGUGAGAGUUUAUCGUCAUCUUGCUGAUGCUGGUAUGGUGAUGGCACUUGAAAAAUUGAGAGAUGUGGAGGACAGUUUCCUCCUCGCAGGAUCACUCGCAUCUUUUCUCGGGAAGUUUGAUCUCGCUCAAGAUCUUCUUUUAUCAUCAAGUCAACCAAUAGCGGCGCUAGAAAUGCGUCGAGACCUCAUGCACUGGGAUACUGCUCUCCAGCUGGCUAACAGACUGGAUUCAAAGCAAAUCCCAUUCAUUGCAAAGGAAUAUGGGCAGCAACUGGAAUUUACAGGCAACUACACAGCUGCAUUGAGUCAUUAUGAGAAGGGGGUAACGAGAAACCAACAAUAUCGUGAACACGAUGAGGGGUGUGCUGCAGGGAUGGCACGCACUGCUAUACGACUUGGAGAUAUUAGAAGAGGUGUUCAACUUGCUAUGCAACAUCCAAGUAGACAACUCAAAAAGGAAUGUGGUGUGAUACUUGAAGGUAUGAGACAAUAUGCUGAAUCUGCUGUUCUGUUUGAGAAGGGUGAAUAUUAUGAUAAAGCUGCAGCGGUUUACAUUAAGAGCAAGAAUUGGUCCAAGGUUGGAGAAUUGCUACCAAAGAUAACGUCGUUAAAAAUACAUCUUCAAUAUGCGAAAGCUAAAGAAGCAGAUGGUAAAUUCAAAGAAGCAGCCGACGCUUAUCGCAAUGCCAAGGAUCAUGACAACCAAGUACGAGUUUAUUUGGACCACUUGAGGGACCCAGAGAAAGCAGUAAAGGUUGUGAAAGAAAGUGGUUCGGUGGAGGGAGCAAAGAUGGUGGCCAGGUUUUUUGUCAAGCUGGCAGAUUAUGGAUCAGCGAUUCAAUUCCUUGUGUUGUCCAAAUGCAAUGAUGAAGCUUUCCAGAUGGCUCAACAACAUGGACAGAUGGAGAUAUAUGCUGAGAUAAUUGGGGAGGAUGCUACUAAGGAAGACUUCAAGAGCAUCGCUGUUCAUUUUGAAAAUGAGAAAAAUCAUCUGAUGGCUGGCAAAUUUUUCUCUCUAUGUGAAGAAUACGCAAGGGCGUUGAAGCAUUACCUCAAGUGUUCCUCGGACGAGAGUGAAAAAUCGUUGGACCAAGCAAUCCGCACAGUCGCCCUCGCUAAAGAUGACAACCUUACACGACGACUCAUCGAUUUUCUAAUGGGUGAAACAGAUGGAAUGCCAAGGGAUGCAAAUUACCUGUUUAAGUUGUACAUGGCAAUGGAACAAUACAGUGAAGCUGCUCAAACAGCGAUCAUAAUUUCUAAAGAAGAACAGAAGAACGGAAACUACAGAAUUGCUCAUGAUCUAUUGUUCAGCAUGAUGCGAGAGCUGAAGAAGAACAACAUCCGCAUCCCUUCGGACAUGGAAAACAACCUCAUGAUCCUCCACUCUUAUGUCCUCAUUAAGAACCACAUGAAGCGAGGCAACCACUUGGUGGCAGCAAGGAUGCUUAUCCGCGUGGCUGAAAAUAUUUCAAAGUUUCCUAACCAUAUCGUGCCUAUCCUCACUUCGACAGUGAUAGAAUGCCACAAGUCAGGUCUCCAUGCAUCCAGUUUUAGCUACGCUGCAAUGCUCAUGCGACCGGAAUACCGAACCAGCAUCGACGCAAAAUACAGAAAGAAAAUCGAGCAAAUCGUUCGUAAAACCGGCAACAAAGCGGACGAAGAAGAACAGAAGACUGCACCUUGUCCGCACUGUGAUUUUGAGUUAGUUGAUACCGAGUUAGUUUGUCCCAGUUGCCGCAAUAACAUUCCAUACUGCAUUGCUACAGGACGUCACAUAACCAGGGAUCGUAUGAGUUCAUGUCCCAAAUGCAACUUCCCUGCGUUUUAUCUGGACUUCCAGAACUAUCUUGAUGCAGGAUCGAUCUGCCCGAUGUGCUCGGAUAACGUAACAUCUGAUGAACUACUGCGUCUCAAAGACCCAGAAAAAUACCUGAACAAAUAAAUUAGAAAUUCCAGAUUAACAGGAAGUCAAUAAUUUCGGUGUUAGUGUUAUCUAAACGGCGACCAAAGCUAGGAUUUUAGCUCUGAAUUUUUAAUUUUUGAUUCAAAAUUCAUAUAUGUAUUACAUUAGAUGCUGUAGUUCUGUAAUAUUUUUAUAUUGUGUUGUUUAUAUUCAUAUAGUUGUUAUUCAUAUAUUCCUAGCUAGCUUCUGUUCAUUUUUUUGUUUGUUUUACCGCUUCAAGUUUCUUUGUUAUUGUACUGUGUCGUCGUAGCCAUGUGCUAACAUAACUGUGCUAUUCGCCGGUUUAACUAAUAAACCUUCAAGGUUCGUCAAAAA